AUGACAACCAGGAAAGAAUCUGAAUCAAAUAAUCUAGUUAAAAAUGGUUCAGAUAUAGACUACACUAGACAUUUGCUGGAUUUUCAGAAAAGAGCACGUCUUGAUGAUGUUACAAUUGAUCAAUAUGAACAUCAAAUUAACAUAAUAUUCCAAAUAGCCAAUAUUCUACAGCAUGACGCAAGAAAAGGUUUAGAUGAUCUAUAUUAUCUUCUAGAUCAUGAGCUACCGACACCGUCAAUCUUUUCAAUAAUUAGUCUAUCAAUACAGUUAAAGAAGCUUCAACUAUUGGAUUUGAAACUAAGAUUCGGUUCUAUCCGCAGGGCAAGAGAGCAAUUAACUACGAAAGUUGAACAGUUAACAGAUAAAAAGUUGCUUUUCGAGCAAAAGUUAGACCAAAUAAGACUUAAGAUGCUUAAAAGGGAGGCAUCUAUGAUACGAAUAUAUGAGGACGAAUUGGAGAAGUUAAACACAAAAAUAGAAGAUUAUCAUUUGACAAAGAUAAAACAGGUAGAGCUCCAAGCACUAAAACUACAACAUGCUAAUUUUAAAGUUAUAUGUGAAGUAUCAUUCCAUCAAAAGGAUAAAAAGUUGUUUUUAAACCAACAGCCCAUAUUGAAAGUAGACGAGUUUUUGGGGUAUAAUUUAUUAGUGAUAAACCAAUUUCUUGAAAGAUUAAUUGUUUUACAGUCGCAGUUAUCCUAUUUAUUCAACAUGGGAUUACCAUAUUUGAAUGAGCUAAUUACGUUUUUGCCCGAUGAAAAGUUUUAUAACUUAAUUCAAAAAAAGGAAAUGAUAAUAUUGGGGAGAGAUGUCAAUGAAGAAGAUCACGAGCAAGAGGACUUGAAAACACCAAGUAUCCCUAAUGACAUCCAGAACCCUACAGAAAAGAUCUUUAGGAUGGGGGAUGGAUAUAAUUUACCACCUUCAUCGAAAACGUUGAACUAUCAAAUGCGCCGAAGAGCGUCUUCUGUCGAACCUGCAGAUUUAAACAACAUUCCCGUCAUUAAAGAACAAUCUCUGCCUUUGUCAUCUUCAUCAAAGAAAUCUGUAUCUAAGAAGAUAAUAAUCCCACACAAAAUAAUAAACAAACCUUUCAAUAAGCUAUCAAUUAAGGAUUUUCUCAAAUUUGUCAAUGUCAUAGUUAAAAUUAUAAUCAAUUUUCAAUCAUUUCUCAUUAGCACAAACAGUAACGAGGAACCCAAAAUACUGGAUUGGUGUGAUUUCCAAAUAAUUCUUCAAGAAGUUAUAAAGGUAGACCAGGUGUUGAAAGAUCGAAUUUAUAAUGAGUCUCCUGUAAAUACCGUAAUUACCCAGAUUUCAAAAAAAAUUGAAACCAAAGGAAACUUUGAAAGUACAAUGGAGCUUGUUUAUAACACUCUCAUGAGAUCGUCAUAUAGUAGGAAACAGCACUGCGGGCCAGUAGCAUUACAAGAUUUGAACCUCAAAUCAUUAAUCAGCAAUCAACCUAAGCUAAAUUUUAGCAACGAAUGGGAUAUUGUGAGUGGAAUGUUGUAA